GCCCGUCUGCAGGAUGGUGGCUGGUUCUGCGCAUUGCGUUUUGGGAAGGACUUUGAUGAUCAGGAGCCCACCUUGAGGGGAGUCCCUAGAGCUCUAAGACUAUUUAAUCUGGAGAAGAGGGGUUUAAUCUUUGCCUUCAAAUACCUGGAGAGCUGUCAGAUAAAAACAGUCCUGGGACAAAUGGAUAUCCUUCUAUUAUUCUGUUAUGGUUCACAUUCUGCAGAGCAUCGCACAGGAACCCCUGAUGGGGAUCAUCUAACCUCUGCUUGAACAUGUCCAGUGACGGGGAGCUCACUUCUUAACAAAGCAGACUGUUUUAUUUUGGACAGAUUCUUUUUCUUCAUGAGUGACAAAAGAAGCAGAGUUACAGUGGGAAGAACGUCAUCCUUGCUAUGCUUCGAGGUGCCAUAUUGGGAAUGGAUAGAGAGAUAGAAACAACCUAGUUCCUGCUCUCAAAAAGCUCACAAUCAAAGAAGGAGGGGUCUCUUGCUGCAGCCCCGGCAAGGAGCAGCUAUGGACAAGAUCCUGGAAGCUGUGAUGCUGUCAUCCUACCCCACCAAUGUGAAGCAAGGGCUGGCACGGAGGGUGAUCGAGGCAGCAAAGCAACCCAUGGACAGUGUGCAGUGCUGGGCCAUGCUGGAGCUGUCCACCAAGCUCUUCCUGGUGGGCGACACCAAGUUCAAGCGGGAGAUUGGGCAGGAGGUCCUGGAAGUCUAUGGCCGCUACCACCUAGAGGCCUUCCUGGAGUUCUUUAACGCCCAUUUCCUCCUGACUCUGCUGCAGGAAGGCUAUGGGACCCCAGGCCACCCCAGCCCCUACGUGCUGGAUUACGUCCAGCUGGGCCUGCAGUUCAUCCCGGAGGGCCCGGCGGCCGAAGGUGUCUUUGCCUUGCUCCGCCUGGAAGUCCUGAGAAAGGUGUGCGAACGGCCCGGGCCCAGGCAAUGUGCCAAGGUGGCUCGCCUCCUAAGCCAGUACCCGCGCUGCAUUCCAGAUGGCAGACACCGGCUGCUCUUCUGCCAGCAGCUGGUCCGCUGCAUCGGGCAAUUCCAGUGCCUGGCAGAGGGGGAGGAGGGCAUUGUGGAGUUCUUGAGCCAUGUGAAUCGAGUGAGUGGGCUUUUGCCUAAAAUUUGGAGGGCUCAAGCCUCAUCCAUCCUGCCAUCCCUGAAGGAGCUGUUUGCCAUCAUCUCUUCCACAGAGGAGCAGGAGCCUCCCUCCAAUGCUCUGGCCAGCGUCGUCCAGUAUGUGCCUCUAGAGCUUAUGGAUGGGGUGAUCAGAAACCUCACGAAUGAUGACAGCAUCACAGAUGCCCAGAUGAUGACAGCUAUCAGCAGGAUGAUCGACUGGGUAUCUUGGCCCCUGGGAAAAAACAUAGACAAAUGGAUCAUCACGUUGCUAAAGGGCCUAGCAGCCGUUAAGAAGUUCAGCAUUUUGAUUGAAGUCUCUCUCUCCAAAAUAGAGAAGGUUUUCUCCAAACUGCUCUACCCCAUUGUGAGGGAGGCUGCACUGUCUGUGCUCAAGUAUAUGCUUCUGAGUUUCCAGCACUCCCAUGAAGCCUUCCACCUGCUUCUCCCUCACAUCCCCAAAAUGGUGGCCUCCCUGGCAGAAGAGGACUCCAACUCCCGAGCAAACUGCUUAGAAGAACUUGCAGAGCUGAUCCACUGCAUGGUGUUCCGCUUCUCAGGCUUCCCGGACCUCUAUGAGCCUGUCAUGGAGGCCGUCAAGGACCUCCACGUUCCCAAUGAAGACAGGAUCAAGCAGCUCCUGGGACAGAAUGCCUGGACGUCCCAGAAGAAUGAGCUGGUCUGCUUCUACCCCCGACUGGCAGCCAAGUCAGACACAGGCAAGAUCGGUCUCAUCAACCUGGGGAACACCUGUUACAUGAACAGCGUGAUCCAGGCUCUGUUUAUGGCCUCCGACUUCCGACACUGUGUUCUGCAUCUUCCUGAAGACAAUUCUCAGCCCCUGAUGACCAAGCUGCAGUGGCUUUUUGCCUUCCUCGAGCACAGCCAGCGGCCUGCUGUCUCUCCAGAGAGCUUCCUGUCUGCCUCCUGGACGCCCUGGUUCAGUCCCGGUGCUCAGCAGGACUGCUCUGAGUAUCUGAAGUAUCUGCUGGAUCGAUUGCACGAAGAAGAGAAAACAGGGAAGAGAAUUUGCCAGAAGCUCAAACAGUCAAACACACCAUCCCCAUCAGAGGAACAUCCAAGCCCAAGCCCAACAGCCGUAGAGAAAAUGUUUGGUGGGAAGAUUGUGACACGCAUCCGCUGUCUCCGCUGCCUUAAUGUCUCCACCAGAGAGGAAGCAUUCACGGACCUCUCCCUGGCCUUUCCACCCCAUGACCGCCGUCGCCGUCGCCUGGGCUCUGUCAUGCUGCCAGUGGAAGAUGGCAGGGUCCAAUGCCCUCCAUCGCCAGCCAAGACCCAAGCCACAGGCACUGAGGGGGCCCGGAGACAGAGAAAGCACUGUAUCGCUGGGGAUGCUCUGCCCCCAGUUGUGAGCAUUGAGAUCCUUGGGUUCAAGGAACCCGGAGGGCACAGAGGCAACUUCAGACAAGAGGAUGAAAAGGAAAAGAAAGAAAAAGAAGAGAACAAUGAUAAAAAGGAAGAGGAGAAAGAAGAUGUGGACGAGACGGAGGAAGAGAAAAAAAAGGAAGGAGAGCAAAAGAAGGAGGAAGAAAAGGUGGAGAAAAAGGAGGAAGAAAAGAAGGAGAAAGAAAAGGAGGAGAAAAAGAAAGAAGAGGAAGGUUGCCUAGGUCCGAGGACUGGAGGGAACCCGGGGGUUGCCUGUGGGGAGCAGAUGUGUGGCCCUGAGGGUUCUCGGUCAGUCCCAGAUCUUCUCAAUUACUUCCUGUCACCAGAGACGCUGACGGCCGAGAACCGCUAUCACUGUGAGCACUGUGCCUCCUUGCAGGAUGCAGAGAAGGUGGUUGAGCUGAGCAAGGGACCCCGCUACCUCAUCCUCACCCUUCUGCGCUUCUCCUUCGACCUACGGACCAUGCGUCGGAAGAAGAUCUUGGACAACGUCUCCAUCCCCCUGUUCCUUCGGCUUCCCAUGGCAGGCGGCUGCCCCCAGCAGGACCAGGGCCAGGUCUGUGCAGCCUAUGACCUCUGCAGUGUUGUGGUGCACUCGGGCAUCUCUUCGGAAAGCGGCCAUUACUACUGCUACGCCCGGGAAGGGAAAACAGCCACAGUCAACUCACCAGGGUCCACCGGUCUCUCAUCUGCUGAAAAGCCCCCAGGACUGGAGAGCCAGUGGUAUUUGUUCAAUGACACUCGGGUCUCCUUCUCCUCCUUCGAGUCAGUCAGUAAUGUCACCUCCUUCUUUCCCAAGGACACAGCUUAUGUGCUGUUCUACAGGCAGCGAGCCAGAGAGGGGCUUAGAGCAGAACCCAGGUCACCCAGACCCCACAGUGAACCAGCCCUGCACAAAGACUUGAUUGAAGCCAUAUCUAAAGACAACAUUCUUUACCUGCAGGAGCAGGAAAAGGAAGCCAGGAGCAGAUCAGCCUACAUCUCCGCGCUGCCCAAAUCUCCCCCUUGGGGGAGGGACUUUGAUGAAGACAAGGAUGAGGAUGACGAAGGCUCCCCAGGGGGCUGUGACCCAGCUGCUGGAGGCAGUGGCAGCUCCUUCCACAGACUUGUCUUCUAGGGGUCUUGACCCCAAUCCCAUGCACUCUUCCUAGUCCCCAGCCUGCUCUGUGAUACCCCUUCCCUUGCAAGGCCACCUCAGGCCCCUUCUUCCUUAAGCAGGACAAGACAGGGUGGGCUCAGAGGUUUCACCAUACCAACUGAGGACCUAGGUUGGACAGGGUCCUGUCUUCAGAUAUGGGAAGCAGACUUGUCCUUCCUCGCCUAGCUUCCUAGCAGGAGUAGGAACAAUGGGAGAAAGUCAAGGAGAGCAGAUUUCAGCUCAGAGCUGUCCAAUCAUGGAGCGGGCUACUUCUCCGUGGGGAGUGAGUUCCUCAUCAUGGGAGAUAUGCGAACAAAAGGCAGAUGACCACUUGUUGGGGACAUUGUAGAGGGGGUUUCUAUUCAGGUACAAGUUGAACUAGAUGACCUCUGAACUCCCUUCAAGCUCUGAGAUUCUCUGACUAUACCUUCCAGAGGAUGGGCAUGUAAGGAGGAGAUUCUGACCCUUUUCUGAGGGGGUAGAGGCAGAGGUUAAUGGUACAGGCCCAGCCUAGGGCCCAUGGGAGUAUGGGCUUCUGGUCAAUUGGCUCUAGGAGCUGGGUCAUCAGGACCUGACUUUGAGAGAGUACUCAAGCCUAGUAGACAUGAAAGACCGUUCAAAUGCCACAUAAAUUUCUAUCCUCAUUGAUUUCACUGAAAUGCCUGCUGGGUGAUAACGGCUAUUUCAGGGUCCUCCAGUAAUAAUGCUUUGACUCAAGUACAUAUUUGGUGACCAGUCAAAGACAAAUGCUUUCCUUCCCUGGGCCUGGUUUAUGUGACAGUUAUAUUCUAUUACAAAAGUACAUGAUCAGGCUUGGGGAGAUGAGGCAUCACUGACCUUCACGGCUCUAAUGUUUUGCCGUCAUGCAGCAUUUGCCUCUUUACCCCUUUUCCUUUUUCUCCCCUUCAUCUUCCCUAUCACUCACAAAAAAGGUCAUCAUUCCCUGAUAACACACUCUGAACUCUCAAAAUUGGGGAGAUCAUAGAAUGGAGAAGAAUGGGUGAGGGAGUGUGGGUGUCGACAUAACCUUUCUUUUUUCCCCUAGUGCAGGUAUCUUUAACCUGGGACCCACAGACCUCCUCUACCCCACCCCACCCCACCUAGGGCUCCAUGGAUAGAGCUCAGGUUGUUCAUGAACUUGGAUGGAGGAAAAAAACCCAACAUCUUUAUUUGCCUUCACCACUGAAUUUAGCAUUUCCUUUAAUUAUUUUAAAAGCAUGAUGCUGAGAAGGGGGAAUAUUGUAGGCAUCACCAGAUUGCCAGAGGUGUCUGUGAUACCCCAGUGGUUAAGCCUAUUCUAUUAUGUUCAGCAGAGCACUUAAUUUAAUUAACUUAUUCAUUCUGGAGGCCUCAGUGUGGUCAUAGGAUCAUUAUAGAACAAUCAGAUUUAGAGCUAUUAGAGAAUUCAUCCAAUCUAACCCCCUUAUUUUACAAAUGUGGAAACUGAGGUUCAAGAAGGGAUCUGACCUGCUCAAGGUCAUGGUUAGCAAAGCCAGGAUUCUUUGCCAGCUUUUGCCAAUUGCAUGUACAGUACGAUGGGCAGUGACCUUGCCCACUCACCUCUAUACUACCUCUAUACCGCUGCUUCCGUCUUCUGUAGGGCAGGAAAGACUCAACCUGGGCCUGGUCCCUUGGCCGUGGUUGAAAUGUGGUUGAUUUACCCAUGACUGCUGUUUAAUUUACUAAGAGAGUAGCACAUUUUGCAGCUAGGAGAGAGGAGUGGUGACCCAGCAAAGGGUUCUGUUCUGGAUGUGGUAGCUAUAUUUCUGUAAUGUUUUCACAUCCAUUAGACCGUAGGAGGUUAAAUAGACCAUAGGAAGGGACCCCGGAGACCACUCUAGUCCUAAGAGAGGGAGCGCUGAAAGGACCUUGGUCCAAUCUCUUUUUACAGAUGAGGAAACUGAGGGAGAGGGACUCUCAGAAGGUACUCACAGGUAGAGCUGGGAUUCACACCCAGAUCCUCUGACCCAGCAUUUUCACUAAACCAUGCAGCCUCAGUUUAUCCUUACAACCUCCUAGUCAUAUUGGUGGUAUGUUUUUAUCCCCAUUUUGUGGAUGAGGAGACUGAGGCUCAGAAAUGGUUGAUCUGAGAGUGCCCUCUACCAGCUCAUUAUGGUGCCUGAUUAGUCCCAUUAGAGUUGCCCAUGUUAAGAUCCUUGUAUCUUUUUUAAAUUGGGGAGCAUUUUAUAUUAUUAGUUUAGCAUGCAUACAGGACUUGAGGGUCCAGUUCUGUUACUUGCCCCAUAUGGGACCUUGGGUAAGUCACAUUACCUUUGAUCUUUGGUGUCCUCAUCUCCCAACCUCAAGGGGUUGUUGUGGGAAAAGCCGGAGUACAGAAUGAGUGAGCCACCAUCAUCAGCCAUUAGCAUAGCAAUAAGGGGUUCACCUGGGACAGGUGGCACUCUUGCUACUGAGGGGGCUGAGGCUGGUGGAUUGCUUGAACUCAGGAGUUCUGAGAUGCAGGAGGGAUAAAGCUGACCAGGUGCCCAGAGGAAGCCUGGCACCAAUGGAGUGAGCCUGUCCUUGGGUCCCUGUCUCCCCUCCCAGCCCCCCAAGGUUGGGAGGGGCACCACCAGGUUGCCAAUGGGAGAAGUGAACUGACUUAGGUCAGAAAGCAAUCAGCAAGUCAUACCUUCUAUGCAGAUCACUGCUGAGGUUGGACCCUUUCGGGGGUACUCAGUCUCAAACCAACAAAACCCUCACCAAAAAUAACAAAAUAGGUAGGGCUUUGGGGGUUAGGUCAGAGGCCUAGCAAGCUCUGAUUUUGUUUGUUUGAGGUAAGUGAGUGGUGAGAGUCCAGAGCUAAAGUAACUGCAAGGGGAGGGGGAGGAAUAGCUAGUGAACUGGAGGGAGGCACUGGCUGGAGGGUACUAUCCUCUCCCGAUAGGGGGAGACAGCUUUGGGAACCCCCUUUCCCCAAGAUGGGCAGCCCAUUCUCCUUCCUUUAGCUCCCAGUCUUGGGUUUCCCACAACCCAAUUUUUGGUUUUGCUUUCCCAAGGACAGCGACAUACAAAAAUAAAAUCAUGGUUUCACUGCAAUGUGAAAGUUGUUCCCAACUCCCCUCACCAGACAGGAUCCCUUCAUUAUUGAGGGGAAUUGCCCCAAAGUGAAAUGGGCUGUAGGUAGUAGGGAGUGAGUACCUCAUUCAACAGACAUUUAUCAAAAGCUCUGAUCUGGGGGAGAUCCUGUGCUCAAGGCAAGGAUUCAAAAUGCAAGAAAAGAAAAGCUCCUGCCCUCAAGCAGCUUCUAUUCCAUAGAAGAUUGGAGCUGAGUGGGAUGGGAGGCAUGACAUGUACAUAGGCUUAGUGUGAGGGUGAGAAAAGGAGCCUGGGGACUAGGUGCUUUAAGGGCAGUCUCAGCUAGGGCAUCACCCAUCAGAAGCAGAGUCUGGAUGACCAUGUGUCAGGAUUGUAGGUUAGAUUCUUGUUCUGAUAGUGAAGUAAGUGGUCUCUGAAGUUCAUAGGAGUUAAAGCUGGAAGGGGCCUUGCAGCUGAGCUAGUCCAAGGCCGCCUUUUUACUGAGGAGAAAACAGGGUUGGAGGCAGAAGUAACUUCCCCAAGAUCACACUUUCACCCAAGUAGCAGGGUUGGAUUUGAACCCAGUUUUGAGAUCCUCUGGGUCUGUGACUUCUUCCUUCCUAUAAUCUAAUUUCUCUUGCCUGAGUGGCCUGGGAGGAGGACCCCACAGCUUGGCCAUGGAGCUGGCAUUUGAGCCAGACUCUAGACCAGGAAUUCCUGAGCUGGGUCCCAAAUCUGACUCUUGUCACUGAUGGUGUGACUUGUGUAAGUCAUUUUCCCUCACCAGGAUGGUCUGUGACUAAUAAGAUACUGGGUACAGUCUCCUAGGGGUAAAUUUUUUUGUUUUUGGCGAGGCAAUUGGGGUUAAGUGACUUACCCAG